AUGUGUUCAGUUCCUUUCUUGUCUUUCUUGAAAGUCUUAACAGGAUUCUCUUCCCCCUCCCCCACUCCCAAACAGGUGAGGAAGAUGAUGGCCAGAAUUCUAUUGAGCCAUCUGUGAAUUCAUUGGGAAGAACAAAGAAACAGUUUAAAUGCAUGGAAUGUGGGAUGUGUUUUAGUCACAGUGGAAGACUGAGGACACAAAAACGAAUUCACAUAGAGGAGAAACCAUUUAAAUGUACUGAUUAGCGAAAGAAACAUCAAGGAACUCACACAGUGGAUAAACCAUUUGAAUGUAUUGAAUGUGGAAAGUGCUUCAGUCGAAAUGGAAAGCUUAGAAUACACCAACGAACUCACACGGGGGAGAAACCAUUUAAAUGUAUUGAAUGUGGAAAGAGCUUCAGUGAAAGUAGAGCACUAAGAAAACAUCAACGAACUCACACGGGGGAGAAACCAUUUAAAUGUAUGGAAUGUGGAAAGAGCUUCAGUAGAAGUGAACACCUUAGACUACACCAACGAACUCACACGGGGGAGAAACCAUUUGAAUGUAUUGAAUGUGGAAAGUGCUUCAGUCGAUAUGGAACACUUAGAAUACACCAACUAACUCACACGGGGGAGAAACCAUUUAAAUGUAUUGAAUGUGGAAAGUGCUUCAGUCGAUAUGGAACACUUAGAAUGCACCAACGAACUCACACAGGGGAGAAACCAUUUAAAUGUAUUGAAUGUGGAAAGAGCUUCAGUGAAAGUGGAGCACUAAGAAAACAUCAACAAACUCACACGGGGGAGAAACCAUUUAAAUGUAUUGAAUGUGGAAAGAGCUUCAGUCACAAUGGACACCUUAGAAGCCAUCAACUAACUCACACGGGGGAGAAACCAUUUAAAUGUACUUAAUGUGGAAAGAGCUUCAGUGAAAGUGGAGACCUUAGAGUACACCACCGAACUCACACGGGGGAGAAACCAUUUGAAUGUACUGAAUGCGGAAAGAGUUUCAGUGAAAGUGGAAAUCUUAGAAGACACCAACGAACUCACACAGGGCAGAAACCAUUUGAAUGUAUUGAAUGUGGAAAGAGCUUCAGUCGAAAUGGACACCUUAGAAGCCAUCAACGAACUCAUACAGGGGAGAAACCAUUUAAAUGUAUUGAAUGUGGAAACAGCUUCAGUCGAUAUGGAAACCUUACAAAACACCAAAAAAUUCACACGGGGAGAAACCAUUUAAAUGUAUUGAAUGUGGAAAGAGCUUCAGUGAAAGUGGAAACCUUGGAAGACACCAACGAACUCACACAGGGGAGAAACCAUUUGAAUGUAUUGAAUGUGGAAAGAGCUUCAGUCAAAAUGGAACAGUUAGAAUACACCAACAAUCUCACACAGGGGAGACACCAUUUAAAUGUAUUGAAUGUGGAAAGAGCUUCAGUUAAUAUGGACACCUUAGAAUACACCAACGAACUCACACAGGAGAGAAACCAUUUAAAUGUAUUGAAUAUGGAGAGCUUCAGUCAAAAUGGACACCUUAGAAGCCAUCAACUAACUCACACGGGGGAGAAACCAUUUAAAUGUACUGAAUGUGGAAAGUGCUUCAGUGAAAAUGGACACCUUAGGAAACAUCAACAAACUCACACGGGAGAAGCCAUUGAAUGUGGAAAGAAUGUGGAAAGAGCUUCAAUCCAUAUCGACACCUUAUAA